AUGUCUGGCGAGGUUGUCCUGAUCACUGGAGGCAAUGCCGGCUUGGGACUGGAGAUCGCAAGGUCGCUCGCGAAAGACGCGGCCCCGUACAACAUCAUCAUCGGCAGUCGGGAGCUGGCCAGAGGGGCAGAGGCGGUGGCUCGGCUCCAAAAGGAAAUCCUAGACUCGCACAGCAAGUUCAGUGCCGUGCAGAUCGACGUCACCUCAGACUCGUCGAUCCAGGGCGCCGUGGACCACGUGAACCAGAACUUUGGCAACCUAGACGUACUUAUCAACAACGCGGGUGUCGGCGUCGACAGGGAAAUCCAGGCUGGCAAGCUCGGUCUCCGCGAUGGUUGGAACAGGACUUGGGACGUCAACGUGACGGGGGCGCAUGUCACGACAACGCUGUUUGUUCCGCUGUUACUCAAGUCGAGUAAGCCUCGUCUCCUCUUCAUGACUAGCGGCACAUCAGUCCUGGCCGACACGGAACGCAUGGACGCCAACUAUGCGACAAUUAACGCCUACCCUCCGGCCGGUUGGCCGAAGCCGCACACGUUGAACCCAACCGAAGCCUACCGCAGCUCCAAGGUCGGCCUCAACAUGAUGAUGCGACAGUGGUAUCGCUGGCUUAAGAACGAUGGAGUCAAGGUGUUUGCUGUGUCCCCGGGCUUUUUGGCCACCGGCCUUGCGGGAAUUGGACCAGAAAAACUAACGCAGAUCGGUGCUCUCGACCCUGCCAUCGGCGGUAACUUUGUCAAGGAUGUCGUGCAGGGCAAGCGUGACGCUGACGAAGGCAAACCCAUCAACAUCAGGGGCAUUCAGCAAUGGUGA